UUUUUCAAGUAUUAGCAUAUGCAUACUUCAUAAUAAUAUUUUUCUAGCUUUUAUAGAAGAAAAUUCUAAGCUCCUCUUAAAAUUGUGCCCUUUUGCCAUGCCCAAUACAAAUCAUUUGAUUUGUAUUUAAAUUAAUAUAUUGUUAAAAAAAUGUUGGGAAAGAAUUUUUAGUUCUGGAACGGAGGCCAAAACUUAAAGUGGUGUACCUAAUGGAAUUUAAUAAAAAUUUUAACGUGAAAUAUUUUGUUCGUAUUAUAAGUUUAUCAGGAGUUAUCAAUUUUUAGUUAUGUUCGUGAAGCUGGUGGUGUGUGUAUAGCCGACGAAGUUCAAGUUGGUUUUGGCCGAGCAGGAACGCAUUAUUGGGCUUUUCAAAUUGAUGGACCGGAUGUUAUACCUGAUAUUGUGACAGUAGGCAAACCAAUGGGUAAUGGACACCCUGUAGCUGCCGUUAUAACCACAGAAGAGAUUGCUCAUAGUUUUGCUGCCACCGGCAUUCAAUAUUUUAAUACUUAUGGUGGUAAUCCUGUAUCCUGUGCCAUAUCAAUAGCGGUAAUGGAUGUUAUUGAUGAAGAAAACUUAAUGGAAAACGCUCGAGUUGUCGGCGAUUACUUGUUGGCAGAAGCCAAAAAAUUGCAAGAGUUGUACCCGGAUAUGAUUGGAGACGUUCGUGGCAUUGGGUUGUUUAUUGGAAUUGAAUUAAUAGGUAAUUCUAAUACUAAGGCUCCGGCGACCGAAGAAGCCAAACAACUUGUUAAUCGUAUGAAAGAUGAAGAAGGAAUAUUAUUGAGUACUGAUGGACCUGACGCAAAUGUGAUAAAAUUAAAACCUCCAAUGGUAUUCAACAUUGCCAAUGCCAACAGGUUCUUAAAAUCAUUUAAGAAAAUAAUUUUAGAAUUGAGAGAUCAAAGAAUGAUGUAAUACUUUUUUGAAAUUUAUUUAACUACUAAUCCAUACAAUAAUUAUCCUUGUUAAGUUAAUUUUAAUAAAAUAUAUUUACUCUUUGUUAAAAA